UUGCUCUUUUUCAGUGUACGUUUUUUUUGCAAAACAAGGUUUUUUGCAGAAGAAAUAGAAAUAGUGGGUGUGAAAGCCUCGGCGCUCAAAGGUCUUGUUGAUUUCUGCUAUACUGGGAAGAUAACUAUCAACAACACCAAUGUGAAGAGCAUUCUACCUGCCGCUUGCAUGCUCCAAAUGAACGAAGUUCAGCACGUUGUUGGUACUGAGCAGUUUUACCAACUUACUGCUAAUCAGCUAAUUGAGCUCAUCUCAAGUGAUCAGCUUAAUAUCCGAUCAGAAGAAAAGGUUUUCGAAGCUGUGCUUCAGUGGGUUAGAUUCGAUCCAUCAGUACGGGAGCAAUUCCUUCCACAAUUGUUGGAGCACGUACGACUCCCACUUUGUUCCCCCAAGUUCCUCGCCGAAACAGUCAGUGAAGACGCGUUAGUGAAGGCGGACGAGGCCUGCCGAGAUCUUCUCGAUGAAGCAAAGGUUAUUACCUACCAGCGUCUUCAGCUGUCUACACCCGUACGAGCAAACAUUCAGGGACCGCGCAUUCAAUUGCGAGAUGUGAUGAUUCGAACUGGAGUCUUUUACCGGGUGAGAAGACGUGAUGAAGAAACCUUAUGGUAUCUGGAGCGCCUCGAUCCCCAAGAAGCGAUCCCCUUGUGGCAGCAGGUUGCGCCCCUGAGCAGAGAAAGGUACAGUAUUUUUUGA